AUGUCGUCUUAUGCUUCAGGGCGCUAUCUUACCUUCCUGGAAGUCACUAGGAAUUCCCUUCUGCAUGCCUUGGAUGAUACGGGUACCUCGUUGGGAGACAAGGAGAUUGAGCAUCUUAUGGCGACCUACAAUAGGCUAAGUCCCUUCCCCGAUGUCGAGGACGCUUUGAAUCAGCUUUCAGCCUUUGCACAAGUCACCUCAGUCAUCUUUUCAAAUGGCACCCGGGGCAUGAUAGCCAAUUGUGUGGAGAGCUCGACGGUUCUAUCGCAGCACAAAACAUUCUUCAGAGAUGUUGUCAGCGUCGACGAGGUGAAGCAGUACAAGCCCGCUCCAGCAGUCUACAAUUAUCUGGCAAAGUGCGUCGGCCGCAACCAGUCGGAGAUGAAGGAUAUCUGGCUAGUCAGUGGCAAUCCAUUUGACAUUGCAGGCGCCCGCAAUGUGGGUAUGAAUGCCAUUUGGGUAGACCGGGCUGAGGCAGGCUGGGUCGACAAGGCGUUGCCUGACGUCAAGCCGACAGCGAUCGUUCACCAUCUGGGAGGGGUUGUAGAUGUGAUCAAGCAACAAUUGUCACUAUAG